AUGGAUGUCGAACCAUGUAAUGUAGUUGCCCUGGCUAAGAAAGCCUUGUCAGCCUCCAGAGAAGCAGCCUCAUUAGCUGAAGACUCCCAAUCAAUGGGAGCUGAUUUUGACGAGUCUCUUUCUCUGGGUUUGGGGUAUACAAGUUUGGCCAACUGGAUAGUUGAGGAGGAGAAAACUGUAAGGUCAACCCGGAUUCUAGAGAGGCGGCGCAAGCGAAUUAAGACAAGGAAGUUGCCUAAGUCAAAAGUUAUAGGUCACAAGUCAAACAGUUUUACAAGUUCAGAUGUGCCGAAAAGGAUAAGUGAAGGAUUUAAUCCAAAUGAUCCCUUGCGGUUGUUCUUGUGGGGUCCUGAAACAAGACAACUUUUGACUGCUAAAGAGGAGGCAGAAUUGAUUGCCCGAGUUCAGGAUUUAUUUAAGUUAAAAGAAGUGAAGAGUAGACUUCAAACACAGUUUGGCCGUGAACCAACUUUGAUUGAAUGGGCUGAAGCUGUUGGAAUUAGUUGUCAGAUCUUGAAAUCACAGCUUCGCUCUGGUACCAGCAGCCGUGAAAAGCUGAUUUAUGCUAACUUACGUAUGGUGGUUCACAUUGCUAAACAAUAUCAAGGGAGAGGUCUUGGGCUCCAGGACUUAAUGCAGGAGGGAAGUAUGGGUCUUAUGAAGAGUGUUGAGAAGUUCAAGCCCCAAGCUGGUUGCCGAUUUGCUACUUAUGCAUACUGGUGGAUAAGGCAAACAGUUAGGAAGGCCAUAUUUCAACAUUCCAGGACCAUCCGCUUGCCGGAGAAUGUGUACAGCCUCCUUGGCAAAGUAUUGGAGGCAAAGAAAUCAUGUAUUCAGGAAGGAAAUCACAACCCAAACAAAGAAGAACUAGCGAGACGGGUUGGUAUUACAGUUGAAAAGUUGGAAAAGUUGCUAUAUGCUACCAGAAUGCCACUUUCAAUGCAACAACCAGUCUGGGCUGACCAAGAUACUACCUUUCAGGAGGUAACUGCAGACACUGGGGUUGAGAUCCCAGAUGUGAGUGUAGCAAAGCAGCUGAUGAGGCAACAUGUGCGCCACCUCCUAAGCAUCCUCAAUUUAAGAGAGAGACAGAUAAUCAGGCUAAGGUAUGGCAUUGAAGAUGGCAAGCAGAGAUCACUAUCAGAGAUUGGUGGCAUGUUUGGAUUGUCCAAGGAACGGGUGCGGCAGCUGGAGAGCCGAGCAUUCUUGAAGCUCAGGCAGUCCCUUGGAAGCCAAGGGCUUGGGGCUUAUGGUCCUUUACUUGUUUAG